CAAACACUUAACACAGAAAUAAAACGCAGUUGUUUUUUCAGGACCUAUUGACAAACAAAAUAGUGAGAGAGUCAUGAGAAGAGUAGCCCUUGCGCUACUCAUACGAGUUUACCCUUUGCGCAGCCACAAUGCACGGCGCUCGUUCAGCACACUCCUCCCUCCGCCGCGCGAGGUGGUGGAACCCUUCUGCAACCUCUCCGACGUCGUUUCCUCACCUCAAACCUCUCCGUGGGUCCCUCAAAUCAUCUCCCUCCUCGACGGUUCUCCCUCCAUGGAGUCCAACCUCGACUCCUUCUGCCGCCAAUACCUCAUCUCUCUCUCCCCCGCCUUUGUUUCCCACACGCUCCGCUCCCUCUCCGACCCUCUCACCGCCACGCGCUUCUUCUCUUGGGCCGCCACACAACCCAACUACACCCACUCCCUCGACUGCCACGUGUCCCUCCUCCCCCUCCUGCCCCCCUCCUCCCUCCCCGCCGCUGUCGCCAGCCUCCGCCACGCCAACCUCCCCAUCACCCUCCCGGCUGCCCACUCCCUUGCCAAAACCCUAGCCUCCGCCGGCCUCAUCCAUGAUCUCCUCUGGCUGUUCCGCGCCAUGACGACCAACAACCUCCCUCUCUCCCUCAUCAUCCUCAACUCCCUCCUCAACGCCCUCGUCAACGCCUCCCUCGUCGACUCCGCCGAGCGCGUGUUCAAAUCAAUGCAGGAAGGCGCGUCGCCCAAGCCCGACGUCGUCAGUUACAACACGCUCGUCAAAGGCUACUGCAAGGUCGGGCGAACGCGGGACGCGUUCGCCAUGCUUCGCGAAAUGGAGGCUGAAAACGUUCCGCCCGAUGAGGCCACGUACAUGACCCUGAUGCAGGCGUGUUACAAUGAGGGUGACAUAGAUUCGUGCGUGAGGCUUUACCAUGAGAUGGAGGAGGAUGAAGUGUUGGUAACGAAAAUCCCUUCUCACGCGUAUAGUUUAACAAUAUGUGGUUUGUGUAAGCAGGGGAAGGUUGUGGAGGGUUGUUUUGUGUUUGAGAGUAUGAUUAAGAAAGGUUGUGUGGCUCACAAGGCUGUGUAUACUGCCAUGAUUGAUGGUUAUGCCAAGAGCGGGAACAUGGAUGCGGCGCUCUCGUUUUUGGAGAGGAUGAAGGUGGAUGGAGUUGAGCCUGAUGAGGUUACUUAUGGUGCUGUUGUAGGUGGUUUGUGCAAGAGUGGGAAAGUGGAGGAGGCCAUGGGUUAUUUUAGGUUUUGUAAGGGUAAUGGGGUGGGUGUGAAUGCUGUGUUCUAUUCGAGUUUGAUUGAUGGGCUUGGGAAGGUUGGGAGGGUGGAUGAGGCGGAGAGGCUGUUUGAGGAAAUGGCGGAAGUGGGGUGUCCACCGGAUUCGUAUUGUUACAAUGCUCUGAUGGAUGGUUUGUGCAAGAGUGGGAGGGUUGAUGAGGCUCUGGUGUUGUUUAGGCGGAUGGAGCAAGAGGGGUGUGAGCAGACUAUUUAUACUUUUACUAUACUUAUAAGUGAGCUCUUCAAGGAGAGGAGGAACGAGGAGGCGCUGAAGCUGUGGGAGGAGAUGAUCGACAAAGGUGUCACGCCGAAUGCUGCAUGUUUCAGGGCUCUUUCAAUUGGGCUGUGUCUUUCAGGGAAGGUUGCAAGGGCCUGCAGGGUGUUGGAUGAGCUUGCCCCGAUGGGGAUUGUUCUGGAGAGAGCCUAUGAGGACAUGAUUGGUGUGCUGUGCAAGGCUGGUCGUGUAAAGGAGGCCUGCAAGUUGGCUGAUGGGAUUGUGGAUAGGGGUAGGGAAAUACCAGGAAAGGUUCGGACUGUGCUGAUCAAUGCCUUGAGGAAGGCUGGUAAUGCGGAUUUGGCGAUUAAGUUAAUGCACAGCAAGAUUGGUAUUGGGUAUGAUCGAAUGCGGAGUGUUAAAAAGCGAGUGAAGUUCCAAACCCUCGUCAACAGCUGAUUAUCUUGAAGUUGAGCUGUAGACUCAAUGGUUGGUCCCUGAAGUUUUGUUAUGUGGGUUUUACAUGGACAAUUUCAGGAUAUACUAUUUCAAUCCAAAUGUGUGUUGUUUCACUUUGAAGGGUGCUUAGUUAAAUCGGCAAGUAACUUUGGAUUGAAUGUUUGGGGAAAGUGACUUUAGACUUAUUUGGCUUCUUCGUGGUUGCAAACCUGACCGACCAGAUGAUCAUAGGAAUACUGAUGCUUGGUCCCCAUUUGUAGUCACACCAUGGCUUCAGGUUUCAUGGAUACAGGCAAGGAGUCGAGGGUGGAUCAUUUGAAGAUCUAAUAUUUUAAGUUAUAAGUGUUCAGUUUCAUGUUGAAUGAUGCUAAAUUAAAUCUCUUUAGCCUGUAUAUCCGACUAACUUUGGAUUCAGUGUCCAGGUAAAGUGACUUAUUGGGCAUCAAACUGAACAAAAAGUAAUUAGACAAAACUCAAGGUGCAGGACAACAUUUUUUGGGCACCAGUGCACCCUAGAGUGUAACAUGUGGAUAACAUGUUUAAAUAACAAAAAUGGGUUAGAUCUCAGUUGUGGUAAAAGCGUAUGAAGAAAAUUGUUAUUUAAAUGUGAGCCCCCUGCUAAGGUAAUCAAGAACUCAAAGUUUUGGUCGAGCUUUCAAAAUCCUAAUAAGUAUUCGGAAGGCAGAAAGUAUACUCUGAAUAUUAGAAAUUUGCUCAUCAAUGAGUGUGAAGUGGUACUUUGAGUAAGUUUGGUUGAGGUGGCUUGACAGCAGAUACGAUUGAAGGGGUGAUUUCUCAUUAAAGGUGUUGUAGUGGCGAUGGCAACGCUGCAUCUUGAUGGUGGCGCUGGAAUUGGUCGGCAGCAACUUCACCAGUCGCUGAAGGUGUCAGAGUAGGUCUGCCACUAUUUAGUCUUAUUGUAUGGUUGAGGUUGGUGGACGGAAGAUCCGAUUGAAGGCAUGGUUUGGUUUCUCAAUGAAGAUCCAUGAGAUGACUUAUAAAUACGAGGUUAGGACCAACAACUAGAAUGUCUUUUGCAGGUACCUCCUUUGCCAAGAAGGUGACAACACAAGACGAAAGUUCAUUGAGCGGCCAAGACUGAAGGCAACCGUGCGGCCAUAGAGAAGCCAACGGUCCAGAUUGAAGGAAGGUAGGUGACCCAAGCAUUCAGAAGCAAAGAAGAUACAUCGGAAAAGGUUAGUCUCUCAGUCCUACAAAUCCCUACUUAAACAUUUUGGCGCCUAUUGUGGGGUCGGGGGGCAUCCCACUGAAACCACAAGGAACCAGGCAAGGACGCAGUCUCAGCAUCAUCAUGUCAACCACACCCUAACAUAUUGGUCCCGAUAGAAGAAACCAUCAAUGUCAACAAAGCCUCUACGGAUUUACAACAUAAAGAAGCAUCCCUUGUGACUCAUGAAUCACCUGGUAAAAAACUCACCAACAGGACCAAAACACUUCAGCGGCUUUGUUCAACCAUUCGGCCAUUCGGCCUCACAAGUAUUCAGCCACUCAGUCCCAACUGUUCGGCCACUCGACCUCAACUGCUCAGCCUUCCAUGGCCUUGAGUGUUCAAUUACUCAGCCAUUCGACCUCACAAGUGUUUGGCCAUUCGGCCUCACAGGUGUUCGGCCACUCGGCCUCUACUGCUUGGCCAUUCAGCCUCACAGGUAUUCGGCCACUCAGGUACUCAGUCAUUCGGCCUCAUAGGUGUUCGACCACUCGAUGUCAACUGCUUAGCCUUUCAUGGCUAUAAAUGUUCAAGCAUUCAACCAUUCGACCUCACAAGUGUUCGACCACUCAGCCUUCCAUGGUUGCGAGUGUUCAACUACUCGGUCAUUCGGCCUCACAAGUGCUUGACCAUUCGCCCUUGCAGGUACUCUAUCAUUCAACCUCACAUGUGUUCGACCAUGACGACCGGUCAAGACCGAAGUCCACCGAGUGACCAAAAUUGAAGUCAACCAAGCAGUCCACAUUGAAAACUAACCGACCAUAGAAAAGUGAGCAGUCCAGACUGAAGGAAGACACAUUAAAAAGUGUUAGUCUCUAGGUCCUACAAAUUCCUACCGAAAAACAUGUUAAUUUGAGUUCGUAUAAUACAUUAAGCUACGUCAUUUCAUAA